UGAUAUAACAAGAGUCCAUUGUCAUACCAUAUUGCACAUUCCAAUUCUUUGAGAGGCUCUUUUCUUUAGGUUACCAUGCUUUAAUUCUUCUAUGGCCAAUCAACUGGUCGCUUCUUCUUCCUUGCCUCCUUCAUGGAAAUAUGAUGUGUUUUUGAGUUUCAGAGGAGAGGAUACACGCACCAAUUUUACAGAUCAUUUAUACAACGCUUUGGUUAAUAAGGGAAUCAAGACCUUCAUUGAUCGCGAACUUCGAAGAGGAGAAGAAAUAGCACCAGCGCUUCUCAAAGCAAUUGAAGAAUCAAGAAUUUCUCUUGUCAUAUUCUCUCAAACCUAUGCAUCUUCAUCGUGGUGCUUGGAAGAGCUCGUCAGGAUUCUUCAAUGUAGAGAAUCAAAGCAACAAAUGGUUUUGCCAGUUUUUUACAAGGUGGAACCGUCCCAUGUACGAAAGCAAGAGAGUAGUUUUGGUGACGCGUUUAAAAAACUUGUGAGCAAAUCCGGCAACAACAACGAGAAGGUGCCCAUGUGGGAGAAAGCUCUUACAGAAGUAGCAAAUUUGUCAGGAUUUCCUGUCAAGGAGGGAGACUACGAAGCUACAAUAAUCAGCGAGAUUGUUAAGGAUAUCUUAGUUCAAGUACCUAAGAAAAGUAUAGAUCGUUUGCAAACUACAUUGGAUAGUAACGAGUCUUAUGAAGAAGAACCUUUCAGAGAUAGUCAAAGAGUACUUCAGAAAAGUUGUGAUGCUUGGAAUGAUGUCAUGGACCAAGAUAGUUUUGAUAUGUCAUACAAAGACAUGAGACAAUUGAAGGGGUUUAAGAAUUCGGCAAAUUUUACAUCUAUAAAUUUCAGAGGCUGUGAAUUCUUAGAAAAAAUCCCUGACUUAUCCGGAAGCCCAAAUCUAAAGCACUUGGUUCUAAGUGACUGUAAAAGUUUGGUUAAGGUUGAUGAUUCUGUUGGAUUCCUUGAUAAACUUGUUUACUUGAAUCUUAAUGGGUGCUCUAAGCUUACGAGGUUUGCAACAAGACUUAAGUUGAGAUCCCUUGAAUGGCUUUAUCUCAAAGGUUGCACAAGGCUUGAGAGAUUCCCAGAAAUAGAAGAGGGCAAGAUGGAAUCUCUAACCGACUUGGAUAUACGACAGAGUGGCAUUAGAGAAUUGCCUUCAUCAAUUACAUAUCUUACUGGGCUUCAAAGAUUGAAGGCAAAUGAAUGUGAGAACCUUACAGGUACAUCAUUACAUCAUCUAUAUGGGUUGCAAGAUCUGAUUCAAGUUCAUUUCGGUAAGUGCCCAAAACUCGUGACAUUUGGGAAGAGUAAGGUGAAGUUUGAUGAAGUUUCAUCUUGCAGUACCCAAUCUAAGUUGCUUUCAACUGACUCAGAUACUUCAGAUGACAAUUCUAUCACAUUAGCCCUUCCUAACUUAUUUGAUCUUGAUUUGGGAGGAUGCAAUUUAUCAGAAAGUGAUUUCCUUGUGCCUCUUGGUUGCUGGUUCACAUUAGUAAGCCUUGAUCUGUCGAGAAACGAUUUUGUUAGUCUUCCGGAUUGCAUUAGCAAAUUUGUCAACUUAAUGAAACUUAGAUUGAGUGGUUGCAGAAGGCUUCUGGAAAUUCCACUAGUCCUUCCACCAAGCCUAUUGGAUUUAUAUAUGGAUGAUUGCACGUCAUUGGAGAAAAUUCCAAAAUUGCCCCCAAUGCUUGAGCUCCUAGUUUUGACUAAUUGCUUUAGACUAAGAGGCGGUGAGGUGGCAAAGUUGGAAAACAAUUUGUUGAAUGAGAAAUCUCUUCAGCGCGCUGAAUUGCAAGUUAUUCUUCCACGUAAUGAAGUUCAAAACUGGUUCGGAUCGUCCAAUUAUCAUGCAAGACAUCUCGCUAGUUUUGAUAUGUCAUACAGGAAAAUUAGACAAUUGAUGGGAUUUAAGAAUUCGGCGAAGUUUACAUCUAUAAAUUUCAGAGGCUGUGAAUUCUUAGAAAAAAUCCCUGACUUAUCCGGAAGCCCAAAUCUAAAGCACUUGGUUCUAAGUGACUGUAAAAGUUUGGUUAAGGUUGAUGAUUCUGUUGGAUUCCUUGAUAAACUUGUUUACUUGAAUCUUAAUGGGUGCUCUAAGCUUACGAGGUUUGCAACAAGACUUGGGUUGAGAUCCCUUGAAUGGCUUUAUCUCAAAGGUUGCACAAGGCUCGAGAGAUUUCCAGAAAUAGAAGAGGGCAAGAUGGAAUCUCUAACCGACUUGGAUAUACAACAGAGUGGCAUAAGAGAAUUGCCUUCAUCAAUUACAUAUCUUACUGGGCUUCAAAGAUUGAAGGCAAAUGAAUGUGAGAACCUUACAGGUACAUCAUUACAUCAUCUAUAUGGGUUGCAAGAUCUGAUUCAAGUUCAUUUCGGUAAGUGCCCAAAACUCGUGACAUUUGGGAAGAAUAAGGUGAAGUUUGACGAAGUUUCAUCUUGCAGUACCCAAUCUCAGCUGCUUUCAACUAACUUGGAUAUUUCAGAUGGCAACUCUGUCACAUUAGCCCUUCCCAACCUAUUUGAUCUUGAUUUGGGAGGAUGCAAUUUAUCGGAAAGUGAUUUUCUUGUGCCCCUUGGUUGCUGGUUCGCAUUAGCAAGCCUUGAUCUGUCGAGAAACAAUUUUGUUAGUCUUCCGGAUUGCAUUAGCAAAUUUGUCAACUUAAUGAAACUUAGAUUAAGUGGUUGCAAGAGGCUUCGGAAAAUUCCACAAGUCCUUCCACCAAGCCUAUGUGACUUGUAUCUGGAUGAUUGCACGUCAUUGGAGAAAAUUCCAAAAUUGCCCCCGAUGCUUGAGCGCCUGGAGUUAACUAAAUGCAUUAAACUAAGUGGCAAUGAAGUGGCAAAGUUGGAAAACAAUUGGUUGAAUGAGGAAUCCCUUCAACGCGCUGAAUUGCAAGUUAUUCUACCAAGCAAUGAAGUUCAAAAGUGGCCCGGCCAUACCCUUUGACCAUCUUACAACCACCGAACAUCUAUCAGAAAAUGAAUUUGGUUUUGAAGGUCCUCUGCAUUCCCAAGGGGAUACGCUAUUAGGAUUAGCUCUAUCUGUUGUUCUUGGAGCACGAACUAAAUAUUUUGAUCAUCCUUGUAUUCUCAUCAAGGGAGUACAAAAGCUUGUACCUUAUUUAUGGGAUGAGAUGAAAAUUGAGGCAACUCGUGUGGCUCAAGUUAGUGGAUUUAGACGAUCACGAGAAGCAGGGGGAUAUUUGUCAAGUUAGGGGGUGUUUGUUGCGCCGGACUAUCUCGGACUGGAUUAGCUUCAAGGACUAAGCUGGACUGGCU